AUAAAUAAGUAGUCUACUUUCUACCGAGGACUAGGGACAACGCGUUAACAUGAUACCGUGAUAAACAUCAAAAUAAAAAUCACCUUUCCUGUGUAUUUCAAGUGAUUAGUGACUAAUAAGUGAAUAAAACAGCAACAAUGAAGAGAGGAAAAGUUUCAGGGUUGGAAAAUAGUUUCACAGGAAAGAAAACUUAUAAAGUGAAUAAUUUAUCCGAGGUAGAGUUCACGCCAAAUGGAGCAACAAAUGACAAAGAUAAUGCUUCAGAAACAGAACAGCAGAAGCCAGAGGAAGAGAUUCCAAGCGUAUCUUUCUUCACCCUAUACAGAUUCGCAGAUGGAAAGGACAAAACGUUCAUAGCAGUAGCGAUCAUAUUCUCGAUUAUGUGCGGUAGUAUGACGCCUGUGAAUACUAUCGUGUUCGCGGACUUGCUCCAAGCCAUGGUGGACUACGGCAUCUCCCUUAUAUUGGGAAUCGAUGGGUCUGAAGCCUUCCUCAGAGCGAUCCUUGUAUUUGCCAUAUACAACUGCAUUAUUGGGGCGGUUCUCAUCAUUCUGUCAUACGGAGCAACGGUUCUUAUGAAUAUGGCUGCUUAUAAUCAGGUGUACAGAAUACGACAAGCGUACUUUAAAGCAGCUUUGAAUCAAGAUUUUGCAUACUUUGAUACGCACAAGACAGGAGACUUUGCAUCUAAGAUGACGGAUGACGUCGUGAAGCUGGAGGACGGCAUAGGAGAGAAGUUCGCGACAUUCAUCUUCUACCAGUCAGUGUUCUUCAGUUCCGUCAUCAUGGCGCUGGUCAGGGGGUGGAAACUGGCGCUACUAUGCCUCAUCACCUUCCCUGUCACCCUCCUCCUUGUAGGAAUUGCUGGCUUGAUAUCGUCAAGGUUGUCGAAGUCCGAAGCCGAGGCGACAGCCAAAGCGGGGAAUAUUACCGAAGAGGUGAUCUCUUCCAUACGCACCGUAUACGCCUUCAGUGGCCAGCAGACAGAGCUGGAGAGGUACCAGAACCAUCUGAAGACAUCUAGGAGCAUCAACAUCAAAAAAGGAUUCUUCAACGGCCUGGCAAUGGGCACGCUUUUCUUCUGCAUCUUCUGUGCCUAUGCUAUGUCCUUUUGGUUUGGCUACAAUCUGAUGAUGAAUGAACCUGAGAACUACGAUGUUAGCACUAUGAUUUCUGUGUUGUUCGGUGUCCUAAUGGGUGCAGCUAACUUCGGCAUAUCGGCAACUUUGAUGGAAGUGUUUGGCAUAGCCACCGGCGCUGGUGCUCAGAUCUUCCACUUGCUGGACAACGAGCCUACCAUCAACCCGAUACAGAACAGCGGGAUCGUACCAGACACUAUUGAAGGGAACAUCGAAUUCAAAAACGUGGUGUUCAAUUAUCCUUCGCGAACAGAUGUGCCGGUGCUGAAGGGUGUGAACUUGAGUGUGAAGCGCGGACAAUCAGUAGCCCUCGUGGGUCAUUCAGGCUGCGGCAAGUCCACCAUCAUCCAGCUCAUCUCCCGGUACUAUGACGUCAUCGAUGGCAACGUGCUAAUUGACGGGCAUGAUGUGCGUGAGGUAUCAGUGCGGUGGCUGCGCGCGCAGGUGGGCCUGGUGGGGCAGGAGCCGGUGCUGUUCAACACGACGGUGCGCGAGAACAUCCGCUACGGCCGCGAGGAUGCCUCCGACGCAGACAUCGAGGCCGCCGCCCGACAGGCCAACGCUCAUCAAUUCAUCACCAAACUGCCCAAGGGUUACGAUACGUUAGUUGGCGAACGAGGAGCCUCCUUAUCAGGAGGUCAGAAACAACGCAUAGCAAUUGCAAGAGCACUCGUUAGAAAUCCCAGCAUCUUGCUACUCGACGAGGCCACCAGUGCCCUGGAUACAUCUUCCGAAGCCAAAGUCCAAAAAGCUUUGGACAAGGCUCAGGAAGGAAGAACCACUGUAGUUGUAGCACACAGGCUAUCGACAAUUAGAAAAGUAGAUGUGAUCUACGUAUUUAAAAGUGGGAAUGUUGUCGAGAUUGGCAACCAUGAAGAACUGAUGCAAAAGAAAGGUCACUACUACGACAUGGUGAUGUUGCAGACGUUCCCUGAUCCUCAGACGCCAAGUAAAGACGGUGACAAGCAAUUUACACGACAAAUAUCUGUGAUCAGCGAACAGGAUGACGAUGAAGACGAGUUUGUUGGACCAAGAGAUGAGACUACCAAAGAAGUGGAGGAAAAUCCGGAUGAUGUAUCCUUCUGGAGAGUGAUACGACUUAAUUCUCCGGAGUGGAAAUCCAUUACAGCCGCCAGUAUAUGUUCACUGAUGAGUGGAUUCGCCAUGCCGUUACUUGCUGUUAUUCUGGGACGCUUUAUUGGAGAAUUAUCAAAUCCAGACGAAGAAGAACGACUAGCAGCAGUAAGGAGUUUCUCCUUAAUUUUUAUAGGAAUAGGUGUGUUUUCUGGAAUCUCCAAUUUCAUUAUGGUAUCUAUGUACGGUGUUGCUGGAGAAUAUUUAACAGAACGAUUGCGAAGACUUAUGUUUGGAAAAAUACUUGAACAAGAGAUAGCGUUUUUCGAUGAGAAGGAAAAUUCUACCGGAGCACUGUGUGCCAGGCUAGCAGGAGAAGCAGCAGCAGUUCAGGGGGCAACCGGACAAAGAAUUGGCACAGUUUUGCAAGCGAUCGGCACUUUCGGGUUAGCUUUAGUCCUCUCAAUGAUAUAUGAGUGGAGAGUUGGAAUGGUUGCCUUUACUUUCGUUCCAUUAAUUGCUGCCAUUUUAUAUAAACAAGGCAGGAUGGUCAAAGCUGAAUCAUUUGGUACCGCAAAGACUAUGGAAUCAAGUUCAAAGAUUGCCGUCGAAGCGGUGGCAAACGUGCGUACCGUGGCUUCAUUGGGUCGAGAGGAAAAAUUUAUUGAGGAGUAUGCCGUACAAUUAGAACCAGCUCUCGAGCUCGCCAAAAAGUCUGCACACUGGCGUGGCUUAGUUUUUGGCUUGUCUCGGGGUCUUUUUAGCUUCGUUUACGCAGCUGCUUUGUAUUAUGGUGGAACCCUCAUUGUUUACGAUGGUGUAAACUACGAGGACGUUCUCAUGUCUGCGCAAGCACUACUAAUGGGUUCAGCGUCAGCAGCACAGGCCUUUGCGUUUGCGCCUAAUUUCCAAAAGGGAAUUAAGGCUGCAGGGCGCGUUAUCGUGUUGCUCAACCGACAAUCGAAAAUUACUGAUCCCGAUAAACCAGCUGUUGAAAACUUUAAAGGAACAGGAGAAGCCAGCCUACAAAAGGUACAGUUUAAAUACCCGACGCGACCGAUGAUAUCAGUGUUGAAAGAUCUAGAUUUGGAAAUAGAACGCGGCAAAACUAUUGCGUUGGUUGGGCAAAGUGGAUGCGGCAAGAGCACUGUCAUACAACUUCUUGAGAGAUAUUACGACCCUCAUGCCGGUGUUGUGGCACAAGACGGUGUCCCAAUAAAAAUGCUUCGCCUAGUAGAUGCUAGGCGUCACAUAGGUAUCGUACAACAGGAACCCAUAUUGUUCGACCGUACCGUAGGAGAAAAUAUUGCUUAUGGCGACAACUCACGGAAACCCAAAGCGGAUGAAAUCGUCGAAGCCGCUAAACAAGCCAACAUUCACAACUUUAUUACAUCUUUGCCUUUGGGCUACGACACUAACAUUGGCUCUAAAGGCACGCAGCUUUCUGGUGGUCAGAAGCAAAGGGUGGCGAUUGCCAGAGCUCUUAUACGAAGACCAAAGAUGCUGCUGCUAGACGAGGCUACCAGUGCCCUUGACACUGAGAGUGAAAAGGUGGUGCAGGAAGCUCUAGAUCGCGCGAAGGCUGGUCGGACAUGCGUCAUGAUAGCUCACAGACUGAGUACGGUCAGGGAUGCAGAUGCCAUCUGCGUCAUCAGUGACGGAAGAGUGGCCGAAAGAGGAACCCACGCCGAACUCAUGGACCUAAAGGGACUUUACUACAACCUCAAUAGAAGAGGAUAUUCUUAAUUAACAUAAAGUCACUUCCGUCUAUCGAAGUAGGCAGAGCCGAAAGCCAAUACAACAACCCACAGCCACUAAUGAUAAUAGUGGCUUGGUGACAUCUUAACAUCAGAAUGUUUGUCACCAUACUUGGGUUAGUCAUGGAUAUGAUAAAUUAUAAUGGCAAUAGACUACCAGCUUUAUUGCCCAUAUAGAUAGUCUAAAAUUUUUUUAUGAAAAGCCAAAGAUGGAUAUGAUAAUAUGGUGAACCAUAUACUGACGGGUUACCUUCCCAUCGAUCAUACAUUGUCCAUUAUAUUGGAAUGGAUGAUCUCAUCCUUGUCCUUAGUCAACUCUGACAAUCUGAAUGCAUUCCAUUCUUAUUUUCUAUUCCCAGUCCCAGCAGAAGCCAUAAUUAUUAUUUAUAGAGUUAAGUUUGUUCUAUGACAAUAUUGUAUGUAAGAUAGUAAUACCUAAGAUUAGUUUAAGUAGAGGUGGGCAGUAGCCCUUUUAUCGGGCACUUUUCACUUAUAAAUGUUUACAAUAAAAUGCAACUUACAAUAUAUUUUUUUAUCUAACAAUCUGUCACCUAGUCUCAAUCAAGCCAGAAUGUAAUAAAUUGUGUUAUAUAUAUAACUUAUAUAUUAUUAAAACAAUAUUAUUA